AUGGUGCUAUGGCUGGGUGAGUGGGAGGACAGGCAGCACUGGAGGUAUCUGAGGAAGCCAAGGCUCCAGGGCCAAGCACCAGCCAUGCUGCUCAGUUCCUCUUGCUCUUUGGAAAAGACACUGCGGUGCCGCUGUUCCUUCUAAGGGAUCCCCACACCCUCUGUGCAGUGGUGGAUGGGAAGUGUUCCUGUGGGUGUGGACAGCUCCAAUGGCAGCCUCCAGGUGGUUUCCACCAUGCUCGGUGCCUGAGCCAACAGCACCACCAUCGGCCUGACCAAGGAGCCAGAAAUGGGCACAGACCUUCUCUGUGGGGGGAAGAAUGAUCAUGGAACCCAUGCUUUGAGCAUUCUGCUGAUAUCAAAAAAGAGUUCUUUGGAUCCCCAAACUUCCAUGAAAGGGCUGAUCCAGGGCAUUGCAUUUGCAGCCAUUGGAACAGCACAGCUCUUCCUCUGCCUCGUGCCCCUCACAAUGAAGCACAUCAGAAUGAAGCAAGCAAGGAAAAUUGCAGAGAUGGAAACAGAAAAGAGUCCUAAAGUCAGAGCAUGCCAAGAACCCAAGAUGCUUCUGAAGACUGAGGAACAAGAAAACUCCAUAAUCACCCCAUUUUCUGAGAGCUGAAUAUUGGAAAAGCAAGAUAAACUGGAGCGGAUGAAGCCUGUGGAAACUACAUCAAACCUGGAGUCCAUAUUAUUCCUGGAAUUACAAGAGUCUACAAAUCCAACUUGGAGCUCCCCAGAACCCUGGAGCCCCUGGAGUCCCCUCAGCUCACACAGCUCUCCCAACUCUGCCUAUUGCUCACACUGGUUCUCCAUUGAAUAG